CCUCCCAAUCGAAACGCCUCUUCUUCUCCCGGAAGGAACCGCCCCGAACCCUCCCCUGUCCCUCCAAGCCAGCUUGUGAGCGAGUGAGCGAGAGAGAAAGAAAACUCGAUCUCGUGUCUUCUUCCUUCUUCUUCUCCAUUUCUAUCUCUCUUUCCUUGGAUCUCUCUUUGGAUCUAGGCCUCCAUUUCGAGCUCCCCAUCUCUCGUCGGCCAAAAUGGUUCGAUCUCGAGGCGCUUCCACGUCGAGAAGCCCUGACAAGAUCUUUGCCGAGGUUCGCUUCGUUCUCUUCGGAUUCGAUUCCGUCUCCGAAGCUCAGUACCUAUCGGAACUUGUUCGAAGGGGGGGCGUCGAUGUUGGGAAGUACGAUUUGAGUUGUACUCAUGUGGUUGUGUCGGGCCGUGUUUAUGAUGAUCCUGUGUGCGUUGCUGCUCGGAAUGAUGGGAAAAUCCUUGUCACGGAGUUGUGGAUCGAUGAUAGCGUGGAUUUUGGGACACUAGCAGAUCCGACCAGGAUUUUAUAUCGACCUCUAAAAGAUUUGAAUGGUAUACCAGGCAGUGAGUCGCUGUUUAUUUGCUUGACAGGAUAUCAAAGGCCAGAGCGCGAUGAUAUCAUGAAAAUGGUCUCCUUGAUGGGUGCUAGGUUUUCCAAGCCUUUGAUAGCAAACCAAGUCACUCAUCUUAUAUGCUACAAAUUUGAAGGUGAGAAGUAUGAAUUGGCCAAAAAAGUGAAUAUCAAACUCGUCAAUCAUCGAUGGCUGGAAGACUGCUUAAAAGCAUGGGAAAUACUACCAAUAGAUGACUAUACUAAAAGUGGCUGCGAAUUAGAGAUUUUGGAGGCUGAGGCCAGGGAUUCGGAAGAAGAAACUGAGGAUGAUACAAGGGUCUUGGGUCAGAAGAACAAUGCAGGGAACUCUAGCUUCCAAGGUGGGAUGUCGGUCUCUGUGCAUUCUGAUAUGUCCAUUCCAUCUAUGGGAAUAAUCGGCAUUCAUAAAGAUACUGGAGCGGCAAAACAACCACAGAGUGGUGAUGAUUUGUGCAUGAACAGUAGAUUGUUUACUACAUGCAAGGGGACUGGUUCUGGAAAAGCUUUGGACAUGUCUGACCUUAGCAACAAGGUUGGUGAGGAGUUUGGUCAUCACAAUGCAGGGGACAUUGAGCAAGCAGGUGAUGGUUAUGAUGGUGGGUCAUCAUUCAUUCCAUGUGAUAUUAACUUAAAGAAACAAGACAAUAAAUUGUCAACGGAUAAACUGGGUUCAACGUCCAGUGCAUUAGCUGAGCAAUCUAGUAGUCUAAGUUACUCGAGAAGAACUCCUAAGAAGUCAGUUUUACCAGAAGAACUGUCAAAUAUGUCAUUUUCAUCUCCUCUAGGGGUCAUGAAAGAAAAUACACUGUCAUUUCUAAGGGAAGGUACAGUGAAUGAUGGCCCUGCUGACAUGCAAGGUCCAGCAGCCACUUCUAGUAUACAUGAUACAGAAGCAAUCAGCAAUGGUUUGCCUCAAAAGAGGAAGAUUUCGUUAACAAGAGUUGGUUCCAAGUCUCCAAAGUCAGAAUGUCAGGGUUCAAAAAGCUCUGCACCUCAGAGUCCCUUGGCAUGCAUUAGAGCUGCACAGUUGGAAUUUACUACUGCUAUACCUCAGGACAAAAGUGAUAUUGUGCCGAGAAUUAUAAACAGCCCUGUGGAAGAGGCUAGUAAUUCAAAUUCUGUGGCAAACCAAUCCAAGCCAUCGUUAAUUUACAGGAAGAAGUCUCUCAAAUGCAGGCAGCCUGGCUCAGGGACCAAAAUUGCCGAUCCUACAAGUUCACCUUCAGAUGCUAAGGAGGCAGAUUUGCCAAGCUUGAGGCGAGCAAUAGAUGAAAAUGUUGUGAGGCACUUGCCUAACUUGAAAUCUACAAUUACAAGCGCCAAGGUUUCUCCUGCAGAUAGCAAGCUGCUUCCAGAUUUGUUGCAUGACAACGAGCCAAGACAGGCAGCAGACAAGCAUGCCAGCUUAAGAAACUCUGUAAACCACUUUGGGUCAUUGGUCAUUGAAGGCAGAAUUGCAGAAGAGGCUUCUUCAAAGGAGAAAAUAUCUGGGGUAUCUUUAGGUGGUUUAGGGGAAUCUGAAUGUGCCACUAAAUGCGAUAAUCUGGAUAAUGCAAUGAAUGAUUUCCCAAGUGCCAAGGAAUCUCCAGAAUUACAUAAACCAAGGCAUGAUGAGGCAGCACUAUCUCCUAAUAGGAGGGAACCGGAAACCAGAAAGUCAUUUAGUACUGCUAGUUCUGACACAUGUAAAGGAAACAAUGUGAAAGCAACAUCUGGUGCACACACCAAAAAGGCUGUCGCAAAAAGGACUAUGAAUAGCAGGCCUAAGCCUCCUGCAGGCAGUACUAGGAAAGACAAGGUAGUUACCAAUUCAGAUAAAGCUGCCACCUUGGACAAGGCUGGAGUCAGAUCAGGGAAAGCGGAGAAGGUGAGUAGCAAUGUGGUACUUGCGACCGCAGCCAGUGAUGAGAUAAAUGGGGCAGCUCAGGCAGCAUCCAAAGAUGUGGUCAUGGAGGACAGGGUGGAAGUGGCACAACAUAUUAUUUCUGCAAGCAACAAUAAGAAUGUAGCCGUGGAUUGGAUGGAGACAUCAAUGGAUCCAGAAAAGGAGAACAAACCAGAAGAAGAUUGCAGUUUGACUUUUAAGUCAAAUGGCAGUCAAUGUUGUAAAAUGGUUCCCCAACAUGACAGAAAAAUGAUGCAAAAGAAUAAAAAUGCUGGUGGUGUUGAUACCAAGAAGACACAAACAAGGAAGGAUGGAAGACUUAUUAGUUCAGAACCUGUGUGGUUUAUUUUAAGUGGUCAUCGCCUUCAGAGAAAAGAGUUUCAAACGGUAAUUAGAUGCCUUAGGGGAAGGGUUUGCAGGGAUUCUCAUCAUUGGUCCUAUCAAGCUACGCAUUUUAUUGCCCCAGAUCCAGUUCGCAGAACUGAGAAGUUCUUUGCAGCUGCUGCAGCUGGAAGGUGGAUUCUAAAGAUGGACUACUUGACUGCUAGUAAUCAGGCCGGAAAGUUCUUGGACGAAGAACCUUUUGAAUGGUAUAGGAGCGGCCUCACUGGAGAUGGGGCUAUCAGUUUAGAAGCUCCAAGGAAAUGGCGCCUUUUGAGGGAAAGAACAGGUCAUGGUGCCUUCCAUGGAAUGCAAGUUAUUGUUUAUGGAGAAUGCAUUGCGCCCACUCUGGACACAUUGAAGCGUGUGGUGAAAGCUGGAGAUGGCACCAUCUUGGCAACCUCCCCUCCUUACACUCGCUUUCUGAAGUCAGGUGGUGUUGAUUAUGCCGUCAUCAGCCCAGGUAUGCCACGUGUUGACUUGUGGGUGCAAGAGUUCUUGAGGCACGAGAUCCCGUGUGUUGUGGCUGAUUAUUUGGUGGAGUACGUAUGUAAGCCUGGUUACUCUCUCGAGAGGCAUGUGCUCUACAAUACACAUGCUUGGGCCGAGAAAUCUUUUGCAAAUUUGUUGAGCCGCUCUGAAGAGAUCAUUGCUGAUGUCUCAGUGCCAUCUAAAGAAGGCAAUGAUGAUCUGAGCUGCUCAGUGUGUGGGUCACGAGAUAGAGGAGAGGUGAUGCUUAUUUGUGGAGAUGAGAGUGGUAACGUUGGAUGUGGAAUUGGUACUCAUAUUGAUUGCUGUGAUCCCCCACUUGAAGCAGUACCAGAUGGAGACUGGUUUUGCUCCAAAUGUAGCAGCAAUGCCUCCAAAACCCCUUUUAAGGGUAGUAAAAAGACCUUCACGCGAACUUGAGCGAGUUUUGCGCUCCUUUCUUGCCAUCCAUCUUGUAAACAGUUAUUCAGCGGCAUAUUUUGUAACACUGACCAAAUGAUACACUUGGUAGUCAUAUCAUAAUAAAGAAAUAUUAAGGAGAAGUACUUUCUGCUGUUGUUCUUGCCACUC